AUGGAAACCUCUCAAAAGAACUUAUGUACAGAGAACUCCCACUCCAAAGGACCUCUAGAAGGCUCCAAAGCUAUUGUUCGUUUAUACCGCCCUUGCAAUACUUACUCUUUUUCCUUUCACACGAAGAGAAUCAACCCAUAUGAAAUCACUGAUACACGUGGCAGUGGUACACUAUACAACACCAAAAAAGCUCGAUACUUCCUCAUUGAGUUAGAUCAACAUGCUGAUCUAGAUCUAACAAGGAAAAAUUUUUUUACCGUUUGCACCAAUGAUAUUGAAAUGACUCGUGAUCAUCAAAGGAUCUUCAAUUCAAGUAGUAAAAAACUUAACAUCAACUACCUAAUAGGGACAUACCUCACCUUCACAUUUGCUAUUAAUCGACAAUUUUCACCUGACACCGUUAAAAAAUAUUUUAAACGUUUACGCCAACUAUUAUUAGUAAAAUUUUUAGCAAUUAAAAAUAGAUUAUCUUCUGAUAGUAUUAAAAAUAGACAAACCAAUACUUUUAUUAGAUUUAGUUCUGGUUCCCACGUGAUCUACCUGGGAUUCUAUCUACCAUGUGGUAUGAAUAAUUUAUUUGGAUUGGGUAAACACUGUGAUCAACCUGCAGCUUUCGUUCUAUCUAGAAAUCGAUGGAAAUGUCAUACACACCUCUUAAAUAUAGAAAAUGUCAAUUUAAAUAUACAAACCAAUUCAAAAUUUCCUAGUAAUCCUGCUUUGUACAAAUGCUUGACUGAUAACCCCCGAGCCAAAAAAGUUCAUUCAACACGACUAGGCGUGAAAUAUGAAGUUGUAAUCAAAAGAUACCGACCUUACAAAGGUAACAAUAAUCAAAAUUUGAAAGAAAUUAUGGAGCCAACCAUCACUUUAUCAAAGAAAGGUAUCCCCACGCUUCGACCUUUCUAUAAAGAAUAUAGAAAUCUUGAAUUUGACAUCGUUCGCUCACCACAACAAAUCAAACGACUUGAUCAUUACACACAAUCAGUUGUUUUUAAUCAACUAAGCCAUGUUGCUGAACGUGGCUCAAUACAUCCAUCUUAUGAAGGAAGAAGUAAUAAGGAAAAGAUAAAUUUGAAACGUGCCAAGAAUUGGCUACGUAGAAUUAAAAAACGAAAUAAACUCAAGAAGUCACUACCACCUUUACCUCCAGAUUUUAAUGCUAAACAACUUUAUGAUGAUUAUAUACUGAGACGUUCAUGUCCUCUAAUCACUGAAUAUUUACCACCGAUCGACAAAGACAAAAAUAUUUUUUUUAUAUCAGAUGCUCACCUGGAAAUUAUUAAUGAUAAUAAUAUUUUCUUUCAUCGCCGUACACCCCCUCCUGACGAGAUUGAUGAUGAUAAAGGAAGACUCCAACGACCUCUAAUGAGGAACAAAAGAAAAAAAGUUGAAAUCCUGCCCUCACCUGGGCAGGAUCUUUGA